AUGUUUUUCAAGAUUUCAAAAUUAUUCACCCUACUUUCUGCACUAGUGACUUUGGCGCUUGCCUCUAGAAACAGCUAUACUCAGUCAGAAAGCAAUGGACUACAGGAUCUAGUGACAUGGGACCAGCAUUCCAUUAUAGUACGCGGCGAGCGCCUCAUGAUCUUUUCUGGUGAAUUUCAUCCAUUCCGCCUCCCAGUCCCAGGGCUUUGGCUCGACGUAUUCCAGAAAAUAAAGAGCAUGGGGUUUACCGGUGUCUCAUUCUACGUGGACUGGAGCCUUGUUGAAGGGAACCCGGGACAUGUUAUCACCGACGGGAUAUGGAGCUUGGAUGAAUUCUUCGACGCAGCAAGCCAGGCUGGGCUGUACCUAAUCGCCCGACCGGGACCGUAUAUCAAUGCAGAGACCACUGCUGGCGGGAUACCUGGGUGGGUCCUACGAGAGAAAGCCGUUAUUCGGUCUGACGACCCUGAAUACUUGAGUGCGACAGCAAAAUACGUGUCGACACUGGGCCUGAUUAUUGAAAGGGCCCAGAUCACACAUGGUGGCCCGGUUAUUAUGGUUCAGCCAGAGAAUGAGUACUCAACUUGGCCUGGAGUGACUGAUUUCCCGAAUGAAAUGCAUCGGAGUUAUAUGGCACACGUUCAAGAGCAGCUGCUUGAUGAAGGUAUCACGGUUCCUUCAAUCGUCAAUGAUAACUUGGUUAUGGGAUACUUCGCACCGGGAUCAGGGCAAGGUGCAGUUGACAUCUACGCUAUCGAUGCAUACCCAAUGCGCUAUGAUUGUGCAAAUCCGAGUGUUUGGCCUUCUUACAGGUUUCCAUAUGAUUGGCAAGUUACGCACAAACGGCAGAGUCCCAUGACUCCCUUUGCGAUUGCAGAGUUCCAAGGCGGUUCUGGGGAGGGAUGGGGAGGCGUGCUUCAAGCGAUGUGCAACCAGCUAGUAAACGAGGAGGCUGUCAGAGUUGUGUACAAGAACAACUACAGUUUUGGCGUAAAGAUCUUUAACGUCUACAUGACCUUUGGCGGUACCAACUGGGGUAAUCUUGGUUAUAUGGGUGGGCAUACAUCAUACGAUUAUGGUGCAGCUAUCACAGAAGAAAGGGCGAUCUGGCGUGAGAAAUAUAGCGAACAGAAACUCGAAGCCAACUUCCUCAAAGUAUCUCCUGCUUAUCUGACCGCGACUCCUCAUCUUGGAGUGAAUGGUACUUACGGCGCGCCCUCCUCGCUAGCUGUCACUGCUCUUCUUGGAAAUGGGACGCGGACAAAUUUCUAUGUUCUCAGACAUGCCGACUUCACUUCAACCGACAACACUCAGUACACCCUCGCAUUAUCGACAAGUAUCGGCGAAAUAAAAAUUCCUCAGCUAGGAGGCCAUCUAAAGCUAAAUGGACGUGAUUCCAAAUUACACGUCACAGAUUACGAUGUCGGCGGCAUCAAUCUGAUCUACUCCUCCGCGGAGAUAUUCACAUGGGCACGUGGGUCAAGGUCUACACGUGUAUUAAUCCUAUACGGAGGCGCCGGAGAAACACAUGAGUUUGCUCUGCCUAGGCAUCUUGGAAAGCCAACCGUCGUCGAAGGAGAUGGGAUCGAAAUAAAACAACGCAGGUCUGCUUGGGUUGUACAAUGGCAUGUUACACCAGCCCGACGUAUCAUUCAGGUAGGAGAUCUCGCAGUAUAUCUGCUCUGGCGAAACGAGGCAUACAACUACUGGGCUAUGGAGUUGCCGCUAUCAGGUCCGAUUGGAAACUACUCAUCGCCAUCGAAGAGUCUGGUUCUUGUCAAGGCCGGAUAUCUUAUCCGAACAGCCGGUCUGAUAAAUAAUCAGCUACGAUUGACAGGGGAUGUGAAUGCCACAACAGAAAUCGAGGUCAUCUCCAGCCCAGCGAAAAGGCUGAAAGGUAUCACCUUUAAUGGAGAAGUAUUACACACCUCACAAAUGUCCAAUGGGAACCUUCUGGGAACUGUCAGAUACAACCCUCCCAAGUUGGACGUUCCCGAUUUGUCCAACCUAGAAUGGAAGUUCCUUGAUUCUCUUCCUGAGAUUCAGGACUCGUACGACGACGCAGCUUGGACACCUUGUACACGAACCUCAACACACAAUCCACGUCCGCUCGACACUCCGAGUACGCUGUACUCCAUGGACUACGGAUACCACACUGGAUCUCUGCUAUACCGUGGUCAUUUUGAGGCUAAUGGCCAGGAAUCCCAUAUUUGGUUGAAUGUAUCUGGUGGUGCGGGAUUUGGACAUUCCGUCUGGCUGAAUAAUACAUUCCUUGGCUCAUGGGUCGGGUCGGGUGCCAACUCCACGGUUGUUGACAGCAUGUCGAUGUCAUCUCCUUUGUCGCAGGGGGAGCCCUUCCCACGAGGAAUUUUGAACUACGGAGUUUCAGGUCACGCUCAAUCCGACGUCUCAUGGAAGUUGACGGGUAACCUUGGAGGGGAGCAGUAUGAGGAUCUUGUUCGUGGUCCCCUCAAUGAAGGUGGCAUGUAUGCCGAGAGACAAGGAUACCAUUAUCCCAGUCCGCCAAGCUCAAAAUGGCGAUCAUCAAACCCAGUGAGAGAUGGUUUAUCUCACGCGGGUGUUAGAUUUUAUGCUGCAUCUUUCGGGUUGAAUAUCCCCAGUGGAUGGGAUAUCCCAAUGAGUGUGGUGUUCAACAAUUCUAUCCACAACAGUCAUACCGAAAAUACUCGGGACUUCAAUUACAGAUGCCAGCUAUUCAUCAACGGGUAUCAAUUCGGAAAAUACAUCAACCACCUUGGGCCCCAAACAGCUUUCCCCAUUCCAGAGGGUAUUCUAAAUCACGAGGGGGACAAUCAUAUAAGCUUGGCAGUGUGGGCGCAGGACAAGCAUGGUGCAGCACUUGGAAACUUGGAAUUAGUUCCCACAUCUAUCAUUCGCUCAGGCUACGAUAGACCCCAGGCCGCCCCACAGCCUGUCUGGACGAAGCGAUCAAAGGCAUAUUAG